AUGGGCAUCGAAGAUCUCUGGAAGUUGCUAGCACCAGUUGGGGAGCGCAUCUCCCUGCAUCAGCUGGCCGUUGAGGAUGGCUUCGUAAACAAUAUUGGGGGGGUAAGGGCAUAUCGGGUGGGCAUUGAUGCGAGGUAUGCACCUGCAUUGAGUUUUUUCAUUUGGCUCACCAUCUUCAGUGGUUGGGUAUACCACGCGCUCUACAGGCAUAGCACUUCAAAAAACCCUGAGCUGGUGACACUGUACGCAAGAUGCUGCCGCCUCCUCGAUAAACCCAUUCGGCCAUACUUCGUGUUUGAUGGUCCUAAGUGCCCUUGUGUGAAAUGGGGCAAGCAUGUUCGAGGAAACCCUCAUUGGAUUGAGCAGGAUUUCCAGAAAAUGCUACUUUCCUUUGGAUUUCCUUCAAUUGUGGCUCUUGGUGAAGCUGAUGCUGAGCUUGCUUGGCUGUCCAAGGAGGGUUAUAUUGAUGCUGUUGCAAGCGAAGAUUCUGACUUGAUAGUACUCGGCGCUGCGGUUGUCCUUCGAAACUUUCUUCAUGAGGACAACAACGAGAAGGUUACUGUAUACCGUGCAGAAGCUAUCAGAAAGCACGCUGCCCUUGGCUUCACCGACACUGAUUUCUUAGUAAUUGCUUUGCUGGUUGGUGGUGACUAUGAUGGUGGCCUUGAAUGGUGUGGCAUCCGGAUUGCAACUGGACUGGCAAGGGCAGGGCUUGGGCAUCGCCUUCUGCAUGGCUUGUCCCAAUCCAAAGUUGUUGACAAUUUUCUGGAGGUGUGGCGAAAUGAGUUGCAUGAGGAGCUUAGGACAAAUGACUCCGGCCAUCUCCCCUCCUGCCAACCUGCUCUCUCUAAUUCCAUCCCUUCCGAUUUCCCUCAACUGAAGGUCAUCAACCUUUACCAAAACCCUCUCAGCUCAAAGACCAAUCCCACGGAUCUUCUGGGGUGUAGCCCCAAUCCUAUUUUGCUGGCAAAUUUUGCCGAGGAGAAUUUCUGCUGGGGUAGUACUCACGGGAUUCUCUCGCACUUUGAAACAACAAUAUUUCCUGGCUUGGCCCUCGACGACAUUUGCCGCAUUGCACGUGAGACCGAUCUCGGUCUGGCCAAAAGACCCUGUCAGUUCAUUGGCGAGGUCCUUCAACGCCGGGUCCCUUUGAAAGCUCGAGACUGUCCACGCCAUCCUGAGGUCAGGUUAUCCCUCAUUGUGUCAGACGCGCUUGUAGAUUCUAUCAUCGGCUCUCUAUUAGGCAAGUUGAAUGAUGGGGAAACUGAAGGGAGAGUAAAUGAGUGGCGAUUGAGCGUGUUCCCAAGGAUGAGGGUGUGGCUUCCCAUUGCCAUGAUUCACACAACAUUCCCAGAACUCAUUGUGGCAGCUGGUAAAAAGAAAGCUACCCGCUGUGCCCGUAUGAGUACUGGUGGCAAGGCCCCUCAUGCAUCAGGGUCAACGGGCAUGCCUCGCCCUCUCAAACAAAAGUCUCAUGAAGACGAUGGCGCUGCAUCUUCAAGUAAACGACCAAAGCACAACAAAAUUGUAUCGUCCGCAGACCAUUUCAACACCAUCGACCUUACCACCCCCAAGCCCAAUGUAUUGACAAACAAACAACAGAAUCGCCACAAUGUCAUUGAUGCACUUGACCUCACUCAAUCCAAUCUCGAACCAGUCACCGGGAUCCCUGAAAGGCAGUAUCGCCUUGAUGUCUCGGAUGAUGGAUACCUCAUUGAGUUCAUCACCGACUCAGAGGGUGAGUUGUAA